AUGGCCACGGAGCACCAUUCCAGUGUAAAUAGUUCGGAUAUUGUCUACGACUCUGGAUUUCCAGCAGCGAAGGUUGUACCAAGAGAAGUAUCAGUUGCACUGUUUGUCAGCUUCUUCAUUUUCAUUGUGUGCGGCAACAUAUGGGUCUUGCUCGCUGUCGCACGUCAACCAAAAUUGAGGAAAUCAUCAACGUGUAUGUUCAUUAUUUCCCUCUCGAUUUCCGACCUCAUGAUGGCGAUCUUCUUUAUCCCGACGCAAUUAGCUUAUGUGGCUUUCGAUCUAACGAUGACGAAUGUGGUUUUGUGUAAGGGUUCCGGUUGGCUUCAUUGGGUUGCUCAGUGUGCUACCAUAUUUUCGCUGCUGGGUAUCGGCGUUGACCGAUAUCGUGCCAUCGUGCAGCCACUUCGUCCCAGGCUUACCCGUAAAGACGCGUUGACAUGCAUAUCCAUAAUUUGGAUAUGCGCUAUGACUUACUCGUAUUACCGUCUCCAUAUUUUAGACAUUGUGACGCGAACGUACCCAGUAGGCGUGAACACCACGGUCUCGAUAGCAAUGUGUACCAUUUCAAUGGAAAAACACUGUGUUUUACAGUAUAUGCAGAUCAGCGAUUUCCUGGUUAUGUAUCUGGUACCUUUACUGAUAUUGUGUGCUAUGUAUUUUAUCAUGAUAUCGUCGCUUUGGUUCAGCGCAUCUCCAAACAACGCAUCUAAGAACAAGAAACGCAAAGCUGUGAAAAUGCUCUCGUUUGUGGUGGUUCUGUUUGGCAUAACUUGGUUUCCGUGGCGUUUCUUCUCUUUAUAUUUCGAUUUCGCCGACCCCGACUCAAUUCCGAUCAGUAUGUACGUAUGGUCAGACGUCAUAGCCGCUUCGUGUAUCGCGAGUUACCUUGCCAACAGUUGGGUUAAUCCAAUUGUAUAUGCCUACUUCAAUGAGAAUUUCAGAAAAGAAUUCUACCUGUUGUUUCCAUGCCUCAAAUGGAAGGAUCAGUCCAGAGUUGGGCCAAAUCAGGGAACAAUAAAAACCGUAACAGGCCGGUCUAUCGCUCAUAACAACACGAUAACAUGA